UGUACGCGUGCGCAGUGGACAGCAGGGGCCGCCAUGCCGGAGCCGCGCGGUUCUUCUCCCUUACGGGUAAACGCGGCGUUUGCUGCACGGUACAGCCGGUAUCGGGAACGUGAGGAGCUGCAACGGCUGAAAGAUCGAUACCGGGACCGGGGCAGCGGAGAGGACUCCAGCUCCGAGUCUGACUCCAGCGACGAGUGUGUGGAAUUUGACCCCCAGCAGGAGCGAGACUUUUACAGGACACUCUCCCUGCUGAAGAAGAAGGAUCCCUGCAUUUAUCAGGAAGAUGCUACCUUCUACUUGCAAGCAACACCCUUGGAGAGUGAGGAAGAGCUGGCGGCCAAGAAGCAAAAGAAAGUGCGGCCCAUGUACUUGAAGGACUAUGAGAGGAAGGUUAUCUUGGAGAAAGAAGGCAAAUAUGUUGAUGAGGAGAAUUCAGACGGGGAGACCUCCAAUCAGAGACUUCAGGUCUCGUCGAAAAGUUACGUGGAAGAACAGCAACAGCUCAAGGAAAGCUUCCGAACAUUGGUGGAGGACAGUGAAGAUGAGGAUAGUGCUGGGGAAGGUGGUUCCGGGUUGCUGCAGAAACGCGCUAAAACCAAGGAGGAGAAAGUCCAGGAGGAUGCUGACUACAUUGAAUGGCUGAAGGGGCAGAAGGAGAUUCAGAACCCUGAGACCCUGAGAGACCUGACCCACCUCAAGGAAUAUUGGAACAACCCAGAGCUGGAUGAAGGGGAGCAGUUCCUGCGGGAUUAUAUCCUCAGCAAACGUUAUGAGGAAGAGGGAGAUGAUGAGGAAGAAGAAGAGGAGGAGGAGGAAGAAAGGGUCCCAGGCCCCCCGGUUCAGCUGUCUGUGGACGACUCCUCAGAUGAAGGGGAGCUGUUUCUGAAGAAGCAGGAGGACUUUGAGCACAAGUACAAUUUCCGCUUCGAGGAGCCCGACUCAGCCUUGGUCAAGACCUACCCCCGGAACAUCACAUCCUCUGUGCGCCGCAAGGACGAGCGCAGGAAGGAGAAGAGGGAGGAGAUGCGGGAGCGAAAGAGAAGGGAGAAAGCAAAAAAGCAGGAGGAACUUAAGCAGCUGAAGAACCUGAAGAGGAAGGAGAUUCUGGCCAAGCUGGAGAAGCUGCGGCAGGUCACAGGCAAUGAAACAGUGGGCUUUGAAGAACAGGACCUUGAGGACGACUUUGACCCUACCCGACAUGACCAGCUCAUGCAGAAAUGCUUCGGGGACGAGUACUACGGCACGAUGGAGGAAGAGAAGCCACAAUUUGAGGAAGAGGAAGGGCUUGAAGAAGACUGGAACUGGGACACGUGGGCUGGGCUGGAGCAGGGCGGAGACUGGAGCCAGCAGGAGCUGCACUGCGAGGACCCAGACUUCAAUAUGGAUGCUGACUAUGACCCCAGCCAGCCGCAGAGGAGGAAGCGUGAGGCCCCCUUAACUGGCAAGAAGAAGCGCAAGUCACCCUUCGCUGCAGCUGUGGGGCAGGAGAAGCCCGUGUUCAACCCUGGGGACAAGACUUUCGAGCAGUACCUGGACGAGUAUUACCGGCUGGACUAUGAGGACAUCAUCGACGACCUACCCUGUCGAUUCAAGUACCGCAAUGUGGUGCCCUGUGACUUUGGGCUCAGCACUGAAGAGAUCCUUGCUGCUGAUGACAAGGAGCUGAACCGCUGGUGCUCCCUGAAGAAGACCUGCAUGUAUAGGUCAGAGCAGGAGGAGCUACAGGACAAGAGGGCGUACAGCCAGAAGGCCCAGAACUUAUGGAAAAAGAGGCAGAUCUUCAAAUCUCUCUGUCCAGAGGAGACAGAGACACCCACAGAAGCCACAAGGAAGCCACAGAGAGACAAAGCCAGCCCGCAGGCGCAGCUGCUGUCAUCUGAUGGGGCUUGCAGGAAGCAGCCCCAGCCUGAGAGCCCCCCAGCCCAGAAAGAGGCCUCUGUGUCACCUACUGAGAAGCCAGCCCCCCAGAGGCGGAGGAGGGGCAAGAAGGCUCGGCUGCUGGGCCCCACAGUGAGGCUCGGAGGACAGGAGUUCAGCCACCAGAGGCUGCAGGCCUUUGGUCUCAAUCCAAAACGGCUGCACUUCCGCCUGGUGGGCCGGCAGCGGAGGAAGCAGCAGAGGCCCAAGAGUGGCCCCUGA